UUUAUCUGUAGUUCGCUAUCAGGAGCUCGAUUGCACAAAUGAUCAAGCAUUAUUUACUUCAUUUCUACAGACGGACACGAGCUCUUCCAGCAAUUGUAUCAUUUCUUGCCGUUUAAUAGCAAGCAAGAUGCAGAAGCACAGCCGACGAUUACAGUACAUAGCUGCAGUUACAGGGUCGCUGAUAUACACUGCAUAUGGCUCAUUCGCGGCUUGGUCGGCUACGACUCUCCCCAUUCUGCAAUCAGAGGACUCUCCGGUCCCGAUCACCGCAGACCAGGCCUCGUGGCUGGCUUCCAUCAACUCGCUGACGGGGCUGGUAGCGACGUUCACCGCUGGCUACGCUGUGGACAUCAUCGGCAGGAAGAAGCUGAUUCUCUCCGCAGCUGCGCCACUCCUCGUCUGGUGGCCAAUGGUCGCUUUCGCAAACUCUUACGAAAUUCUGAUGGUUGCCAUGACGAUAGGAAGCUUAUCUGGCGGUCUAAUGAGCAGCCCUUCCACUAUGUUUCUGUGCGAAAUCGCUGACACCGAAUUACGAGGCACGCUCAUGAUGAUUCACACUGUGCUGAUGAACUGCGGAAGCCUUUUCAUGUACUGCGUAGCGCCCUAUUUGUCCGUUUCGACCGUUUCCUUCAUGUGCACUGCUGUCCCCAUUAUCUUCGUUGUCACAUUCGUGUGGAUGCCGGAGUCGCCGUACUUCUUCCUUCUUCGUAACAGAGAAUCUGAAGCUGUGAAGAGCCUAGUACGGUACAAGGGCGAGUUGACACCAGAGGAACUGCGCUCGGAGCUUGACUCAAUGUACAGAGCAAUCCGACAGAAGCAAGAGACCAAAGGGAGGCUGAAAGACCUUUUCUUGGUACCAGUGCACCGCAGGACUCUUCUAAUAAUGUCCGGGUUCGUCUUGCUCCAUUUGUCCACUGGUGCAAUAGCGUUUGGUACCUACACGACGUACAUAUUCGAGAAGAGUGGAAGCGGUUUCGACGCAGAUGUGUCUUCCAUCAUCGUAACGGCCGUUUCGCUUGUAUCGAGUGUUGCGUCGUCCUUCGUUGUUGAAAGAGUUGGCCGGCGGCCGCUCGGGAUUCUGGGCCUUACCGGAUGCUGUCUCUGCCUGACCGUCAUGGGCGCCUACUUCUACGUGGACGAGACCCAGGGUCAGGUCCCCUCUGCUUUCGACUGGGUGCCGCUCACAACCGUCAUCGGAUUCAACGUAUCGUUCAGUGUCGCCUCGGCCCCGGCUUUCAUUAUGUUCAUCGGUGAGGUAUUCCACGUGUCCGUGAAGUCCGUCGCCAUAACCAUCUGCAACACGGUGCUGGCGGUCUACAGCUUCGCUCUGAAGAAGCUGUUCCAGGUGGUGUCGGACAGCGUGGGCGCGCACUACUCGUUCUGGGCGUUCGCCGCCAUGUGCGCGCUCACCGCCCUCUACCUGUUCCUGCUGCUGCCCGAGACCAAGGGCAGGACCUUCGCGGAGAUCAGCGACGACAUGGCCGCCCGCCUCGGCGGAGAUCGUCCCUCCAGCCACAACCAGGAACCCACAAAAGCGGCGUCAGAGCUGCCAUUGCCAACUUCUCUUGUUACCAAAUCGUGCAAAACUGAAGCCAGUGGAGUGUAAUAGAUUCGCUAGCGCUCGAUAUAUGCAAAAACUGAUACUGUUAACGAUAUUUAGGCACAACAGCGGAUCUAACCUCCGUUAACAGCACGUGUAAAAAUGUCGCACAAUUUGACGUCGGUGAGAAAUUUCUCUAGAGACAGUAAAAAAUAUACAUUACUUUGUCCUGUUAGUAUUUCCUUAAUAGUUUCAGUUCUGUAACUUCAACAGUUGCAGUUCCUUGUCUAGGUAGAUUGUGUAUCUUGCAGGAGCAAAGUACGUUAAUCUCCAGGAAGGAUCAAGCGUCAAACAACACAGUAGAAACGAUUAGUGAAUGUGAAUGGAUUUGGCGCGUUUCCUUAGAUGAUACAUGUCACAAACCAGCUGAAUACAGUUUAUUUCAAGAGGAUGAAAAAGGAAUCUCGUUGCAGAAAAAUCUAUACUGUAAAAGUUGGUAAAAUAUUAUAAAUGAGGAUGUGUUUUUAGUCCAAUCAAUUUUACAGAGUAAAAGGUAUAGAAAGGAAUACACUUCAAUAAUAAUCUUAUAAAUUAGUAAAACUGUCAUCUCACAGAGAUUAAAAUAUUUUCAAUCAAAUUGAGGUAAAUAACGCAACUUUUUCAGCACUCUAUUAUCCCCAAAGUCUAACUUCAUUUACCUCUCACCAAACAACACCUGGGUAGCAAGAAGGGUAAAACGGCGAAACAGCCUGUUUCAUGACGCCAGUUACUCGUGCAUCCAGCACAAGCCAGGCACAGGCUGACUGUGUAUCCAUUUCAUCCUUGGUUUUAGCCAGAAUUUGGCAGAGUCUCUUACUGUUACGAUGAUAAAACCGUGGAGAACUAUAUAGUAUUAUGUCACAGCAGGUAGUAUGUAAUUCAAUUAUGUGCACUUGAUCCUUAAGAUAAGAAUUUACAGUCACAAAUAGUCGAGUAAUUCAAUAAAAUGUUCCAGUAACAAUGAGAUGAUUGUUGCAGUUGCCCUUGCCCUGCGUCUACAGAGGUAUGGCGGGGUACUUGUCACUGAGACGCUUUUGUCUUCUACGACUUUAUUUGUAGUGGCGUGUUUUUAAAUUAGUGCAACGUCAGUCAGGGUUUGCUUGAGGGCCAAACAAAACAAAUAGCCGCUUGAGGCACCUAGAUGAGAGAGGCACCACUGACAUUCAAUUGCAAAAUUUGUUUACAGAAUGCAUCAUAAUUUAUAGAAGAAAACUGACAGUGGUGAAAGUAUACAACACUCGAAGCAAAAAAAUUUCCUGUAAGCAUGGGCUCGCUGAGAAAGUUUUUCUUAUCACCUUCUGUAAGCAACAUAAAAUCUUGAAAAGAUGUUAUUUCUACAAAAACAAAUACUGUGGGUUUGGAGCUGGCCACACUACUGCUACAGCUCCCUUUUCAGCAGUUGAAACAUUGCUGGUGCAGGUAAGACCUUAUUUUAUGGGCUGCUUAUAAAUUCGUUAUACAACAGUAACCUUUAAUUGUAACAUACAGAAGUAUCUUACAGAAAUGUUUGAUACAGAACUGAACGCAGUACAACUUCAGGUUUUAUUCACGCCUGACAUUGUUAUUCCCGACGUUCCCGCUAGGUGGCGUACGCCGAUGAUUUACUCCAACAGUCAUCAUGGAGUCGUAUAACGGUGCAGAGUGUGCGCAGUCUUGUUAAUGGUUUCUUAUUUUCAAAUUCGCUACUGCAGUUCAGAGAAAAUUCAGGACUAAAUGUCGCAAGCCACUACCUCAAAGACACACUGUUAUUAAUUUCUACAACCGUUUCACCGAGUCUCUGACGCAGCACUUAAACAAGUUCGUCAAUCUUACAUUCGUAGUCCAAGCAAAGCAACGAGAUGUGCCGGCUUAGAAUAAAAUAUGCCUAAUGUUAUAAUAUGGAAGGUAAUAUGGAAACGCCUGUCAUUCAAAUUCUACAAACUGGAACUGAUACAAGUUUUGAGAGAAAGUGACAAAGAAAAAUGAGUGAUAUUGUGUACAAAUGCUUAAUAAAAUUCAGGUUGGAGAUGAAUUUCUUAAUAAAAUUGUGUUCAGUGACGAA